AUAACCCAGUGUGGGCCUCGAGUAGUGUUCUCAAUCAUUGCAAUUCAACACACCAACACGAUCCAACAUUUCCAGCACUCGCGACACAUAUAUCCAACAAUUACAUCGAUCUUCCUAUCUUUUGAGAUACAUUCAAACUUUUUUGGGAGCCCAUGAUGUCGAACACCUUUUCCUCUACCAAUCUGCCAGUCAAGGCGACCAUCUACCACGGAGUGGAAGACAAGAUUCAGCAAGAUUCCGUCGACCUACCCAGAUCCUUGAAGCCCACCGAAGUCCUCUUGAAGAUAACCCACGCCAGCGUCUGCGGCACCGACAUCCACUACAUCCCAUCGGGCAUUGCGCUGGGCCACGAAGGGGUGGGUAUUGUGGAGGCCGUGGGCGACGCCGUGUCGACACUGAAAGUUGGAGACCGGGUGGGGACUUCAUACCUUCGCAACUCCUGUGGACACUGCAAGUACUGCUUGACCGGUCGGGAGAUUUGGUGCUACAACCGUGACACCUUUGGCGAGCAGAAUUUCACCACCGGGGCGAUCACGGACUACCUGAUCGGCAACGAGACCUUCCUCUACAAAAUCCCAGACUCGAUCCUCUCCGAACACGCCGCUCCCCUCCAGUGCGCCGGUGCGACGGUCUAUGUGGCGCUGGCGUCGGUUCUCCAGCCUCGACAGCGAGUGGGCAUCCUUGGAAUCGGCGGGUUGGGCCACCUUGCCAUCCAAUUCGCCUCGAAACUGGGGGCCGAGGUGGUCGUCUUCUCUACAUCGCCGGCCAAAGAAAAAGAAGCUCGAGAGUUCGGAGCGUCUGAGUUCAUCUUGCUCGAUAAGCCAGAGACGGUGUCCAGCCCGAUCGAUGUCCUUGUCGUGGCGAGCAGCUCUACCCCGGAUUGGAAAAAAUUCUGUCGCAAGGACGUCCUGGCACGAGGCGGCACAAUAAUCCCUCUCAGUGCUCCGGCUGAAACAUACCAGUUCCCUGGGUGGCAGAUGUUCUUCGAUGGCUACAACCUCCGGGCAAGCCUUGUGUCCUCGCGCGCCGAACACGCCGACAUGCUGGCCUUCGCCGCCCAGCACGAAAUCAAACCCGUCGUCGAGACUUUCGAGCUGAACGAUACUGGGAUCGCGCAGGCGUUUGGCAAGUUGAAGAGCGGAACAAUCCGAUACCGUGGUGUGCUGAUUGCUUGAUACGCAUGGACAGGGCGGGUAAGGUCGAAGGAUGUGAUGGGCAGUAACGCACAUCCGAGUUGGAAUAUCCCUUUUGAAUUGGAAUCACUCGUUCAAUUGGCCGUUUCCAAUCAAUCGACUGAAUGGACAUAAGGCGAGAUAUUGCAGUGCUUGGUGUGAAUGGGCAAAGAUAGGGCGAAGUGAGGACGGAAAAGCAGACAAUCAUUGAUACAAGUUGAAUAGACAAGAUGUUAUUAACAAAAUAAUCAAAUUCCAAAGACGCCUUUGCACCUUCCAACUGAACCUUGGACGACUGGGUACCGAAGAAAAUAUGAGAAGGAAUUGGUCACACUGUGAG